CCCACAACCACCACCGCUCUCUCGGUCUGCAACGAAGCACGCCAUGUCUUCAGAGAGCUCUCCUCCUCUGAUUGCAGCUCAGCUCAAUCACCUCGCUCUUCACUUCCCUCUGCUCGCUAAGGUUAGAACAAUCAGGACAUGGCUGACACCGGUGACAAGAAGCCUAAUGCCAAUGCCAAGGUGAAAGUCAAGCAUGGAGGUGGUGGUGGUGGUGGGGGGAAGAAGAAGGAGGUGAAGAAAGAAACCGGCCUCAGUUUGACCAAGAAGAAGGAUGAGAAUUUUGGGGAGUGGUAUUCGGAGGUUGUUGUUUUCGGUGAGAUGAUUGAAUACUAUGACAUAUCUGGUUGUUAUAUUUUGAGGCCAUGGAAAAUGGCAAUAUGGGAGACCAUGCAAGCAUUCUUCGAUGCAGAAAUAAAGAAAAUGAAGAUUAAAAAUUGCUACUUUCCUUUGUUCGUCUCCCCUGCUGUUCUGGAAAAAGAGAAGGAUCAUAUAGAGGGUUUGAAACUUUGAAGGAUCAUAUAACGGGUUUGCUGAUGAGAAUGUGAUUGGUGAAGGUGGAUAUGGGAUUGUGUACAGAGGUGUUUUGGAGGACAACUCAAUGGUUGCAGUCAAGAAUUUGCUCAAUAACAAGGGACAAGCUGAGAAGGAGUUCAAGGUUGAAGUGGAAGCAAUUGGUCGUGUUCGCCAUAAGAAUUUAGUGAGGUUGCUUGGCUACUGUGCUGAAGGUGCUCACAGGAUGCUUGUGUAUGAGUAUGUUGACAACGGAAACCUGGAACAAUGGCUUCAUGGAGAUGUCGGGCCUCUCAGCCCUCUGACAUGGGAGAAUCGCAUGAAUAUAAUACUUAGGACC